CCUUGUUUCCUCUCCCGCUCCAUCAGUCUCACUCCGCGCUCUCCCAUCUCUCUCUCUCUCUCUCUCCCUCGCCGCCGGCGGGAGCUCGAGCUCGAGCUGGUGCCUCAUCUCGAUCGACGGCGGAGGAGGUAUGGAGCCCAUGAGCGUCGACAGCGGCGGCCUGGACGCGCAGAUCGAGCAGCUGAUGCAGUGCCGCCCGCUCGCCGAGCAGGAGCGAGGGCGGUGCCUAGGGUUUCUCCCCGGCCCUUUGGUAGAACGCUUUGGGUUGGAACCGUGAUCCGGCGAUUUGAGGGCUAUUUAACCCUCUUUUGGUGCCUGGUGAUUCGGUGGCAUGGAGGGGUGAUAUGGUGUGUAGUUUGUGGGAGGGCAGCUUUGAAUCAUUCCGAUGCUGUGGUUCAGAUAUGGUUAAGUCACUGUGCGAGAAGGCCAAGGAGAUAUUGAUGGAGGAAAGCAACGUUCAGCCUGUCAAAAGCCCAGUGACAAUUUGUGGCGAUAUCCAUGGACAAUUCCACGAUCUUGUAGAGCUUUUUCAGAUCGGAGGGAAGUGUCCAGAUACCAAUUAUUUAUUUAUGGGGGAUUAUGUAGAUCGGGGCUACUAUUCUGUUGAGACUGUCACUCUGCUGGUAGCACUAAAGGUGCGCCACCCACAUCGAAUUACAAUCCUUCGUGGAAACCACGAGAGUCGACAGAUUACACAGGUGUAUGGAUUCUACGAUGAAUGCCUACGAAAGUAUGGCAAUGCAAAUGUAUGGAAGAUAUUUACAGAUCUUUUUGAUUAUUUUCCUCUGACAGCGCUGGUGGAAUCUGAAAUUUUCUGCCUCCAUGGUGGUUUAUCUCCAUCAAUUGAGAAUCUUGAUGGUGUCCGUAGCUUAGAUCGUGUCCAAGAGGUUCCUCAUGAGGGACCUAUGUGUGAUCUUUUAUGGUCAGAUCCAGACGAUCGAUGUGGUUGGGGCAUAUCUCCUCGUGGCGCUGGCUACACUUUUGGCCAGGACAUAUCAGAGCAGUUUAAUCACACGAACAAUCUCAAGCUUGUAGCUCGGGCUCAUCAAUUAGUUAUGGAGGGAUAUAACUGGGCUCAUGAACAAAAAGUUGUCACCAUAUUCAGUGCUCCAAACUAUUGCUACCGAUGUGGCAACAUGGCAUCCAUUUUGGAAGUUGACGACUGCAACAAUCACACAUUUAUCCAGUUUGAACCAGCCCCUAGGAGAGGUGAGCCAGACGUGACACGGAGAACACCGGAUUAUUUCCUUUGAGUCAAGGGGUAUAGUUUCUAGCUUGUGCUGCGAUAAUCCAUGUUGGUCAGUGACGUCCGCUGGAUCCUGCACAAGAGUCAACCAAAAAUAACAAGGGAAUACCAAAGCAUAUGCGAACUUGACCCCCAUUGGUCAAUGCGAGAGAUGCUGCUAUCCUGAAAGAAAGCAAGUGUGCCAUGCCUGAGUUUCAGCCUUUCUUGAUAUAAGGGCCAUCCACUCUCCUCCCUUUUAGGCAUUUUUAUCGAGACAUGGAACUGGCAAAAGACUGAACUUCUAUUUGUAGCCUAAGCUUUGUAUCGAUAGGCCUGUACUAAUCUGUGUCAUCAUUCAUCAAUGGCAAGACACAAAUUAAUCA